GUCAUCUUUUGGUGGCUGAGUUACUUCAACAAGAAGACCACCCCAUCGAAAGAUCUGCAAAGAAGAUUUUGCUCUCUUCCUUCUUAGCCAUUUACUUGCCAAGGGGAUUGAUUGUAUGGAAGGAAUCGGAUAAUCAAUAGCGACGAGAAACCAUGACGGACAACAACAACAAUAAUAACAACAAGGCCAACAACCAGAACAACCAAAGGAACCAUGAGAUGACAACUCCACCACAAUGGGAAUCUCUGUUUGCGGAACUCCCCGACGAAUCCGUGUCGACGAUUGCCCGCACGUACGCGACGCGAUUGCAUCAAUUGCGGCUUCAUCGCGACCAUCAUCGGCAGACACAGUCUCGAUUAGAGGCGGGCAUCGUUCCGGCAUCGUGUGUGUUUUCCUUUGAAUUGGGUGCCAGUCGGGCCUUGAAGGAUCAACCCGCUUAUCUGUCGUUAAAGACAAAAGUGGAAGAGACAUUGACGACGUGUCAACAAUCGUUAAUGACAAGUAUUGUGGAAUUGCAAACGUUGGAAGUACAGGUCCGAGAAAAAGAAAUCAACGAAGCAUUCUGUCAAGGCAUGAGCAAAAUUGCCGUCGCAUUGAUCAAUCAUUAUCGGGAUCAUCCAACUGACACGAGUGUGACGAUUCACAAGUCGAUGCAAUCGGUCCGAUUGGCCGAUCGAUUGGUCGAACUCUUGUUGGAACAGCCACAUGGCACAGAGUUACUCGAAUUUGGAUGCUUUUCUGCGACAGGAGAUAACUUCUUGUCGCAAUACUACGUGCAAAAUGGACGUCCUGUUCCCACGCAUUCCCGACAACAGAAUCGCAAUCAAAAGAGUUCUCCCUACAAUCCACAUCACACCAAGUUUUUGACCGGUAUGCUGGACGAAUAUCAAAAGAUUAUCGACGUUUGCUUUCAUGCCUCGUGGAAGGAACAUGCUGUUGGCAAAAAUACUACGGAAAAGAAACAAGCCACACCCUCCAAACAGGCGAAAGAAACCCCCACUACGACAGCUACCGGUACCAGUACUACGACGCAAGACGCCUUGAAGGAAAUGGUGCACAUGGCAGUCGCACAAGAAACACAAGCUUUGAGAGAUACCAUUCGCAAUUUGGAACAGCAAAUUACACAGCAACAACCAUCGACUCCCACUGCUGACAAAAAAGAAGAGGCUCCUAAUCAAGAAGAGCAAGUUGGUGGCAACACAAAUGCGAAAAAGGCCGGCCGGAAAAAUCGCAAUGCCAACAAAAAGACAAAACAGGAAAGCAGCAACGAGAAUGAAGAAGAAACAGCCGCCAACGAAACAACUAACGUUGCCUCCGACCAAUCCGCCGCCAAGAAGGCAGAUGCCACGGAUGAUGAACAAGGCGAUGCUGAUGAACAACCCGAGGCAAAUAAUGGCGGGGCCGGCAAGGGUCGCAACAAUCGACGAAGGAACAGGAACAAAAAUGCCAAGAACAACCAAGACAGUGCUGCAUCAGAGGACAAGAAGAAUGAAAUCAAUGGAAACAAUAAUAAUGACAAUGACAAAAACAAAAAGCCUCCUCUAAAGGCUGCCAACAACAACGAACAGGGCAAUAAAAACGGCAACAAGACGAAUGCCAACAACAACAAGAACAGCAAUUCUAAGGAACCUGCCAACAACGAUGCUGCCAACAGCAACAACAAGGAGCAAGGCAAUGCCAACCACAACAACAAAAAUGCCAAGGGGGACAACAAAAAGUCUCCUGCCAAGGCUACAACCAAGGAGGAGAAUGAAAACAACAACAACAACAACAACAACAACAUGCAAAAAACUCCUCCCAAAGGGGCUGGAGACAAGGAACAACACAAUGGUGCCACCACCGAUUCCAAACAGGCGGGGAAGAAGAAGAAUCGAAACAACAAUUACAACAAGAAGAAAAAGAAUGCAGACGCGGUCAACAACACGGCAGCAACAACAGAGUCCUAACAAGGCCGUCAUGAUUGGACGAGAUUUUUUUUUGUCAGCAACAGGGGUGUGUAUGUUCGGCCAGCUAGCUAGCCUAGCUCGUCAAUGGCGUUCCAG